AUGGCAGUUUGUACAAAUUAUUUUCAAGAAUUCAAGUUAGAUAAUGGAGUGGCGCACAACUUACUGCAAUAUGCGGAUGACACGAUUCUUAUUGGGAAUGGAUCCUGGUCUAAUUUGUGGUCGAUGAAAUCGAUUUUAGUGAGCUUUGAAUUAAUUUUAGGUUUGAAGAUUAAUAUAAGAAAUAGUUCUCUAUUUGGUAUCAUGACGGAUGAUUAUUUUAUGAAAGCAGCAGAACAUUUCAUUGGAUGUAGAUUAGACGGACUUUCGUUUAAAUUCCUUAGUUUAACUGUGGGAGGUAAUCAUAGGCGUAUUUUCUUUUGGGAUCCGGUGGUUAAAUGCUUGAAGACAAAGCUUUCCUCAUGGAAGGGAAGAUGGCUUUCGACCGGAGGUCGCAUAGCUCUUAUAAAUUUGGUAUUAUUUAACCUUCCUGUAUAUUUCCUCUCAUUCUACACAUUGCCAAAGAAAUUUCUGCAUGUGCUGGUUUCUUUGCGGAGGAAGUUUUUAUGGGCAUGGUUGAAAGGCAAAAGUUACAUCGCGUGGGUUAGUUGGAAAACAAUUUGUAAAUCGAAGGAGGAGGGUGGUUUGGGGGUCAAAGAUUUGGGAAUGUUUAACAAGGCUUUGUUAGAAAAAUGGUGGUGGUGA